AUGUCUAGGUAUUCAGGGCAGCAGAAAGAGGCAGCAGAGCUGGCUGUCUCUCUCGUUCGCUUAGUUUCUCUCGAUACUAUAAACCAGAGUAUAGACCAUGCAGCUGCUUUGUCUCCUGCUGCUGAGGAAUUCCUGCGGGGCGGCUCUCACGCCUUGCCUCAGCUCCUUGUAGACCCCCUCGUGGGUAAAUACUUCAUUGCUUGUAGCUGCAACAAACUCAGCAGCAGCUACCGCAGCCCCUGGACAGACACCUGGCUACCCCCCAUACCAGACGCCGCAAAACCGGCCCCCCACCUGCGUCAGCUGGAGCAGCAAUUCAAUGCAGCCUACGAUGCAUACAGAGAUGCGCACUACGGGGGGGGGGUUUCUUCGGUGUAUGCUUGGCCCCUACAAAACCAGGAUGGCUUUGUUGCUGCUUUUCUUCUCCUUAAAGAGAUGCCAGUGGACGAAGCAAAACUUCCUUUUUGUUUUUUUUUUCAUCGCCUUGAGGUUACACUCACAGCUACCAACGGUUACUAUAGGCUGAGCUCUUCUCUGCUGCUGCAUUUGCCUUCUCCAGCAGCAGCAGGCGGCUAUUCUGUUGCUAUCUCUCGCAGCUUUGAGCAAACGCAGAAGGUAGCGGAUCCUCGAGCAGCAGCAGCAGCAGCAGCAGCUCCAGCAGCAGCAGCAGCAGCAGCAGCAGCAACUUCUCUUGCUUCUCUACACCUAGAUGUAGGAGGAAAAAUAAUAGAGAAAGCAGAAAAAGUUUUAAUUGCUGCAGCAACAGAAACACAGCUAGCCAGGAGUGCUCAGAUUAUUAGUGAUAUUCGGUCGCCGCGAGGAACAGACGAGGAAUUGGAUCCCCAGUACCAGCAGCAGCAGCAGCAGCAGAAACAGCAACUGCAGCAGCACCAACACCAGCAGCAGCAGCAGCAGCAGCAGCAGCAGCAGCAGCAGACCUGUUUAGGCUGUCGCAGACGAGGAGACAGCAGCAGCGCGGCUGCAGCAGCAGCAGCAGCAGCAGCAGCAGCAGACACAGCAGCAGCAGCAGCAGAAGAAACAGCAGCAGCAGCAGCAGAAGAGACAGAAACAGCAGUAGCAGCAGCAGCACGAACAACCGCAGCGGAUCAAGCCCCACAACAAGUGCUGCAGCAGCAGCAGCAGCAGCAGCUGCUGCUGCUGCUGCUGCUAAUAUUCUGGCUUGAAGCUCCUGCAGCAGCAGCAGCUACCGCUGCAGCAGCUAUCGCAGCAGCAGCAGUAGCUAUCGCGACAGCAGCAGUAGCAGCAACACCAAAGGCAAUAGCAGCAGAAGCAACAGCAGCAGCAGCAGCAGCAGCAACAGCAGCAACAGCAGCAGCAGCAGCAGCAGCAGCAGAAGCCUCACCUCACCAGCCGCUUGUACAGAGUUGCUGCUACCUGCAGGUAUGGCUGCUCACACAGCAGCAGCAACAGCAGCAGCAACAGCAACAUCAACAGCAGCACCAGCAUCAACAGCAGCAGCAGCAGCAACAACAGCAGCAGCAGCAGCAGCAGCAGCAGCAGCAGCAGUUUGCUGUACCUUUAUGUUUUCUUCGUUCUGGUUGA